UUGGAUGCCAACUUUGGCCUUGUGAGGAAGCACAGCUCAGGUACAAGUGCGGUUGAGCCAUUACACGGAACCCGCAUGUUUGUUAAUGAAAAGGAUGUAGAGGAAUACCUGCUAUCACAUCUUGACAGCUCAAAGCCUCACGAGGACUGCAGUAACUUCAAGGCUGGCAACGUGCUGAGGUCACAAAAACAAGCAAAUAAACUUGAUGUUACAGGAGUGUUUGGAGCCUCUUGUCGUCAUGAAAUGCCCCUAAUGUUUGUCAACAUGAGCCAAGGAGAACGAUUAGCCUAUCCCCUGUAUGUCAUCGAUGAGCUACUUCGAAGAUGUGAGGACAAGAACAUACACCUGCGAGUAGUCUAUGACAUUGCCUGUGUUGUUGCCUCACAUUUGCAUAAAUCAGGAGAGGGCAUACCACACAACAUCUCCUUGGCCAUACCAGCAUUUCAUGUUUAUGGACACAAACUGCCCUGCCAGAUCAAGUACAGCACUAGGCGGCUCGAUGGGUUUGGGCUCACAGACGGGGAAGGAAUGGAAAGGCUGUGGUCUUUUCUCCGAAGAUUUGCCAGAGUCACAAAGGAGAUGACUCCAUCUCACCGCCUCGAUCUGUUGACUGAUGCCCUUUUGCAUUAUGGACGGAGGAAAUCAACUGACCUAGAGAUGCAGCUCCUGCAAAGACUAGACAGAGCAGAGAAAAUAUCAAUUCUCGCUCAAGAAGACAUCUCAUCUGUCAUCAGAGACGCACCAGUGUUGGUUUCUGAGGGAGACAUGGAGAAAUGGAAGAAAAGAGAGAUGGAGCUAGCCCAUCAGAAACAGAGACCAAUAAACACUGUCUGUAAAUGGAAAAGGGACUACAUCAUCCAGCUGAUUCAGUUCUACAAGUUCAAAUCUGGGACUCGUGAGUCGUACAUGGAGUGUGAAACAGAAAUUGAGGACUCUCUGCUGAACAUAGAGAAAAAACACCGGAUUGGGAGAAGAUGGCAAGAAUCUGACUCAGACUUCCAAUCUACCCUUAAAGAUGUUGACUGUGACUCAGAGGACAACUAA